UUUAGUGGCAGUAGAAAGAAUAUUGAAUAACCACCGCCGGAUUGAUUGGCCAAUGGGGGUGGUGGGUGGUAGGCCGAUGAGAAUUCAACCAAAUGCAAAGAAUAAAAGACAAAAAUUAAUUCUAUGAGGCCACUCGACACUCGAAAAACUUUGAAAACUAUUUGCACCUAGCACCACGACAAAAAGCCACAACGCAGUACAGACAGGCUAAAAGAAAUAUAAUCGUAUCAAUAAUAGUAGCAGUAUACAAAUUAUUGUCAACAGUUUUCAUUGGCAGGUUGCGAGGAAAACACACAUUGAAAAUCCCAGCCUGACAGUGAACUUUGGAAAAUAGAUGGCCCUGGUGUCAACAGUGGCAACAAGGACAGCAAGCAACAUCCUCUUAUCCCUGGCUUGAGAAAAUAACACAGACAGUGUUGUCAUGUUGUCUUGGAGCGUUCCCUUCUUCAACACCAUGUCCGGCCGGCAGUUUGGCGAUCGUAAGCGAUGCAUUCAGCUGUGCUGUGUGAUGGCCACCAUCAUUAUAGCUGGCUUCCUGAGCACAGCUGGGGCCAAACCCACAUUGUCAUUUAACUUCAGUGAUGGCUUCCAAGGCAUACCCACCUUGAGGGAGUUGUUCGAAAAACGCAGUGCUAGACAAAUGAAGACCUACAGUGGCAAUCGUUUGUCCAAUGAUUCCCUGCUCAUGAUUUACUAUCAUGACUCGACAAUUGCUGUUACCGAAUUGGGUCCCGAGAAACUCUUGCUGGGCUGUGAACUCAUCGAAAUUUACACUGAACAGGAAGGUAAAAAGUUACUUUCAAGUCUUUCCAAAUACAAUCGACCUUUGGAAAUUAAAUUUGAGGAGAUGCUAAAACUAAUGAGGCAAUGUGAACGUGUGGACAAACUCACCUAUGCAGCUCGCAAUGCUGGUAAAGCGGCCGAUGCAUCAACGACGCCGACGUCAGGUCUUAACAUUGUUACACCCCUCGUCACACCUUUUGUGUCAGGACUAAGCGGCAUUAUUCCAGGCACCAAAUGGUGUGGCAGUGGAGACAUUGCCGCCACAUAUUCAGAUUUGGGAAGUGAAUCACAUAUGGAUCGUUGUUGCCGUCAACAUGAUUUGUGUCCAAUAAAAAUUGGACCAAUGCAAAACAAAUAUGGCAUAAACAAUGACGCGAUCUACACCAAAUCCCAUUGCAUAUGCGAUGACAUGCUGUUUUCCUGCCUCAAAAAGACCAACACUUCACAAUCUCAGCUUAUGGGCUCUAUUUAUUUUAAUGUGUUGCAAAUACCAUGCUUGGAUGGGUCAAAUGAUCGCUACAGAUUUCGGGCUGCUAAAGAGGGAUUCUAAAGUGCUCCUUAGCCCUAAAUCAGUAAUUUGUUAGUUAUUUAAUUAUCGCAAAUUGUAAAUAAAGACAUAAAAGUAGUAAUAAUUAUAGUUAUUUAUACCAA